AAUUCACAAUCCGAAAUUGUAUAAAAACGGUGGAUUCAGGUGAAAUAUUCAGUAUCUAGAGAAGAUCUGAAACAAAAUCAACAUGAAAGUGUUCAUUGUUCUUAUUGCUUGCCUUGUAGCAUCUGCCUACUCAAGACAAAUAGUCAUCAAAUAUGUACCGGAAGACGAGAUCGUUCCCGGGCAGCCAUCAGAACAACCAAAACAGAAAGGUAUCUUAUCAAUUGUUGCCACCCAAGUAGGAGACUUAGCUGCCGAUGCUGCCGAUACUGCAGGAAGAGUUGCAAAGGGUAUUGUUGAUGUACCAGCUACUUUGGUUUCCAAAACAGUUUCAGAGGCUGGAAGGGGUGCCGCUGAAGCUCUCCGAGAGACUGGCAGAGCAGCAGCUGAAGCUGUUGAACAUGUAGAACGUGGAAUUGACAAUAUUUUCGGCGGUUGGGACAAAUAGGCAGAAUACUUAGCAUAACUUUUGAUAAUCGUUUGAACAUUCCUUCCAAUAAAAUAAGCUGCUAAUA